AUGAGUGUCGAAGGAAACGAGCUGCUGGACGCCUUUAAGGCGGCGGCCCUCUCUGUCACAAAGCUCUACAAGACCUCGGCCCAGGCCCAGGCCAAGUCACGGGCUGAUGGAUACCACGACUGCCUGGAAGACCUGCUCGCCUUCCUUGACAAAGAGAGCCUCGGACUAAAGGCUGGGGAAGCACAAAGGGUUCGGAAAUGGGCGACGGAUCGGAUGGAAGGGCGAGAUUCAACUUCACCACCACUCGAAAGCGACGACGAAGCAGAGCGAUCCGAUGCCCAACCACCCUCGUCACCACAAAUGCAACGGGCGACCCCGGCGUCGGCACGACAGCGCUUCCGAGAUAAAGAUGAGGUAGUCACGAGGGAUGCAUCGGCACCACCAACGUUGGUGACUGUGCCUCUCCCGCCCAGCGCCUCGACGGAGGAAUACGACAUGGCUGUUCCGACACAAGACUCGUUCAACUUCCAAACAUCACAUCCCUAUCCACACGACGAAGCCACGCGGCUUGCCAACCUCAACCUCUCCGACGGCCAGAACAUCAACCCCUCGAAUGCCCGAACUGGAUCACGGAGUGGGAGGAAUCGAAAUGGACGGACAGGCGCCCGGGCUGCGCUAGGACGAGGAGCCGGGCAGAAACGGAAAGUAAACCUAGCCGAGAUUUUCGACCUCGGGAGCCUUGAAUACGGGAACGGCCGGGACAUGUUUGGGGGCGGAGGGAAACGCGGGCGGUUUGCAUGA